AUGGAAAUUUCCAAGCUGAUAACGGUGAACACCAAUAAAAUCUUUAGAAUGAAAGAUCUUGAGCAACUACAAAUCGUAAUUGAUCGAGCAAUGAGUGGUCUGUGUGUAAAAAUUGCCAAUUUGAUGGCGCAGCAUCCCAUCGCAACCAAUAAAGAUGCUCAGCCCGGCAAAACAAAUCCCGACACAGUUGGUGCUCUCAACGCUAAUCUUAACACCUUUCUUUAUAAUACUGCAAUGAUUUUCCGAGCUGCGACACCAACCUUGCAUACAUGCGUAAAAAUUCUCGUAUUUUGA